ACAAGGGUAAAGUUCAUCAAGAAGGCCGAGCACAAGACCAGAGACAACAUAGAUUAUAUGCACUCUGACUUGUGGGGUCCAAACAGAGUUCCCUCCAAGAGUGGUGCCAGGUAUUUUAUGACUUUGAUUGAUGAUUACUCAAGGAUGGUGUGGGUGUAUGUUCUGAAAAUAAAAGAUCAGGCAUUUUCGACAUUUGUUAAAUGGAAGACGAUGGUUGAGAGGCAGACGAAAAGAAAAGUUAAGCAUCUUCGAACUGACAAUGGGUUAGAAUUUUGGAAUUCUGAGUUCGAUAAUUUCUGGAGCAGGGAUGGCAUAGUCAGACACCGCACUUGUGUCGGAACACCACAACAAAAUGGUGUUGCAGAACAGCUAGAAAUUGAAUCUCCACUAGCUCAGCCCAGUAGUUCUAAAGUAGAGGAAGUGGAGGAGGUGCAAAAUAGUGAUCAAGAUGAUAAUGUUGAUGCACCUGCGCAACAACAACCAUAUAGCAUUGCAACAUGCAGAGAGAAGAGAGUGAUCAAUCUACCGCAAAGGUUUGCAAACAUAGUUGAUGGGAAUCUUCUGGGAUAUACGAAUCUAGUGGGAUUUGCUUUGGCAGUUGCAGAGACCGUUUUUGAGUGUUAUAGCUACUCAGAAUCUAUUCAGAGUACAGAACCAAAUCGACAGAUUAUUGCUAUGGCUAAAGAGAUUGAGUCUCUUAACAAGUUUAGGCGUUGCCUAGACUUGGUUGAUGUGUGUGGCAAUGGAUAG